AAGAUUGAAGGAGAAAGUGAUUAGAAACAGAAAAGCUCAAGAAAGAAGAAACCAUUGGAACGAAGAAGAAUCGAAGAAUCGAAGAAUCGAAGAACCGAAGAACCGAAGAAUCGAAGAAGAAGAUGCCACUGGGAAAAUAUUAUUGCGAUUACUGCGAGAAGCAAUUCCAAGACACUCCUUUCGCUCGAAAACGCCAUCUUCAAAGCCUUUCUCAUCAGAAGGCCAAAGCUCUCUGGUUCGACUCUUUCAAAGACCCCAAUCAACCUCUCUUUCAUGCCUUCCGACCAGGCUUCUGUAAUCGCUUCCUCACUACGGGGUUUUGCCAAUACGGUGAUUCUUGUAAAUAUUUUCACCCCAACAACAACUACAACAAUAAUAAUACGCACAACUCCACUUCCCACCCCAUUGCAGGUUUCCCGGAAAAUAAUCAACCCCCAAAUUUUCCGGUGAAUCAAUUCGCAGACGGCAGCUCUUUCACAGGUAGUUUAGUUAGCGAUAGUAUGGGAAGAACAUCCUGGGGCAAUUUACCUCCAUCACUGAUGCCUCCUCCAGAGGGUGGAUACCCACCUCUUCCUUUUGUAGACUGGGGAUAAUCCAUCAAUAUCAGUUAUUGGUACAAGACUCCUGGGCUCUCUUUUUUCUGUCCUACUCUACUUAUGCAACAAUUUGUACAAAUUUGGUGUCAUCAAAGGCCAAACAAAUGUGCUUUUCCUUGUUUUCCUUUCGGUAUGAUAUACGACUCAUAAGUGUCAUAAAGAUCCAUCUUCUGUUAAUGUUGAGUAUUUAGUUGCAUAUCUUAUAGCUCAAAUUGUAAUGUCA